AGUAUUGUGAUGAGAUGUUGGUAGCUUACUAAGACACAGUGCUGAAGAAAUGCUAGAAGUUGCAAGGAGAUAUGAGUGCAGAGUGAAUGGUGACCGGGCACCCGGGACCUGCUGAGGCAGAGAGCGAACCUAUCUGGGAAGAAUGAGAAAACCAAAGGGCUCUGCAGAGGGAGGGGGAGGACACCACAAACUAACUGCAGCUCUGCUUCCUACCCGUAAGGAGAGCUCUGAGGACAGGAUUGAAGAUUCUGAUCCCAGUCUGCCUUUCCAGCCUUAGUAUUGAUGGAUGACCAGGAGACACAAAGGCCAUCCUGCCUACUGGCUUCUAUGUUCUUCUGAUUUCAUCCAGUCCUUUGCUAACUGUUCGGAGCACCAUAACAUGGUGUGGGAAGUGAAGACAAAUCAGGUGCCUAAUGCAGUACAGAAACUCCUGCUAGUAAUGGACAAGAGAGCUUCAGGAAUGAAUGACUCAUUGGAGUUGCUGCAGUGUAAUGAAAAUUUGCCAUCCUCACCUGGAUACAACUCUUGUGAUGAGCACAUGGAGCUUGAUGAUCUUCCUGAACUUCAGGCUGUUCAGAGUGAUCCUACUCAAUCUGCCAUAUACCAGCUAAGUUCAGAUGUGUCACAUCAAGAAUAUCCAAGACCAUCUUGGAACCAAAAUACCUCAGAAAUACCAGAAAACACUUACCGUGAAAAUGAGGUGGAUUGGCUAACAGAAUUAGCAAAUAUCGCCACCAGUCCACAAAGUCCACUUAUGCAGUGCUCAUUUUACAACAGAUCAUCUCCUGUACACAUCAUAGCUACUAGCAAAAGUUUACAUUCCUAUGCGCGCCCUCCACCGGUGUCCUCUUCUAAAGGUGGGCCAGCCUUCGCUCAUCACCACUGGAAGGAGCAAACACCAGUCAGACAUGAAAGGGCAAGCAGUGAGUCAGAAUCUGGUAUUUUCUGCAUGUCCUCCCUCUCGGAUGAUGACGACUUGGGGUGGUGCAAUUCCUGGCCUUCGACUGCUUGGCACUGUUUUUUGAAAGGCACACGACUGUGUUUUCAUAAGGGAAGCAAUAAGGAAUGGCAGGAUGUGGAAGAUUUUGCUAGAACUGAAGGCUGCGAUAAUGAGGAAGAUCUCCAGAUGGGCACUCACAAGGGCUAUGGUUCUGAUGGUCUAAAGUUGUUAUCACAUGAAGAAAGUAUAUCAUUUGGCGAGUCUGUACUGAAGUUGACUUUUGAUCCUGGUACAGUCGAAGAUGGUUUACUUACUGUAGAGUGUAAACUGGACCACCCUUUCUAUGUUAAAAAUAAAGGUUGGUCAUCAUUUUAUCCAAGCUUGACUGUGGUACAGCAUGGCAUUCCAUGUUGUGAAAUUCAUGUUGGUGAUGUAUGUCUACCUCCUGGACACCCCGAUGCCAUUAAUUUUGAUGAUUCAGGUGUUUUUGAUACAUUUAAAAGCUAUGACUUCACGCCUAUGGAUUCCUCUGCAGUCUAUGUGUUAAGUAGUAUGGCUCGUCAGCGUCGUGCAUCUUUGUCUUGUGGAGGACCUGGAGGUCAAGACUUUGAAAGAUCUGGAUUCAGUAAAAACUGUGGCUCCCCGGGAUCCUCACAGCUCUCUUCCAAUUCCUUGUAUGCUAAAGCUGUCAAAACCCACAGCUCAGGGACUGUGAGUGCCACUUCUCCUAACAAGUGCAAAAGACCAAUGAAUGCCUUCAUGCUUUUUGCCAAAAAAUACAGAGUUGAAUAUACUCAGAUGUAUCCAGGGAAAGAUAACAGAGCCAUAAGUGUGAUCCUUGGUGACAGGUGGAAGAAAAUGAAGAAUGAAGAGAGGAGAAUGUAUACAUUAGAAGCAAAGGCUUUGGCUGAAGAACAAAAACGUUUAAAUCCUGACUGUUGGAAAAGGAAAAGAACCAAUUCAGGCUCACAACAACAUUAAACCAGGAUGCUUAUGUUCUUAAGUCUGUAUUUGCAUAAACAUUGACUGUUGAUGGAAAGACUUAAGAAGAUCAAGGUCUCACCAUUUGUCCUGAAUCCGUGUGACCGUAAGAUACUGAUAGCAUUGAGUCUUGAAAUGAUUGAUUUAAUAAUAUGAGUGAGGAUUUGCUUUCUCCAUUAGAGCAUUAAGUAAGCUAAAACUAUCAACAUUGUAAACCAAAUUGCCUUAUUUUCUUCCAAACUUCAUAUAUGUUUAUCAGGUAAUAUAGGCUUGAAAAUUGAUAUCCUGUGGUGCUAAAGUACAGUAGAAAGAGAGGAGAAGUGUAUACAUGUUUUAUUUUAAAUUGUACAAAGGGGGAAUUUAAAAAUAUGUAACUGCUGUUUAUACAUUGGCUCCUUACUGCUUAUUAAUCUGUAUUGUAUACAUAAUGGAGUGAAGCAGAAGCCGGGAGUUGGCCUUUCCUUGAGCAACCACCAUAUGGCUCAGCAUCUGUGCCAAACACGGGGGCUCCUAGUCUGGCCAGUGCCAAGAGGUUGCCGGAACAGGGGGCAGGUGGAUGGUGUCAGUGUCACAGCCUGAGAGCCACCUGCCACAGCUCCCGGAGCAUGCUGAGUGGACGCGCCAGGUGGCAGCACCCACCCCUUGCUCGAUGGAGACAGCCCAGGCCAAGGUAAAGUUAGUGAAUAGCAUUGGGGUAUAGUCACUGUAAUGGUGCUGUUAACGGUUGACACCAUUGUAUUUUUAACUUUUGUGUCCUGUAUCUCCUCAGCCACAUAUCUUAAUAUCGUAUUUGUCAUCGUAUCUCUAUGGUGGGGGCAGACUUUGCACUUAUGCAGUGCAACACGUGCACUUUACUUUCCUCCAAACUGUCUACAGUGAGAGCAAACACAAUGGCAAUACAGCUGCUUAUGCUCUGAGCUACAAUCAAUCAUGGCUUUUCAUGUUACUUACCCAGUGGUGUUUCUGGUUAGGAAUCACAGCUGUAAAAUUGAAUUUCAGUUCAUUACACUUCUUCAUGAUGUUGCCCCUAAAUUUUGCACACUAUAUUCUUGUAUAUUAUUUCAAAUAAAAUGAAAAAAUUGUUUA